UUACGUAUGAUUUGCAAGAUAAAGAUUAUGAAAAGUGUUAACGAAACUCUUGUAAACAUAUGACUCCUGUUUGUAAACGUAGUUAAACAAUGUGUUCUAAAAAGUUUGUAAAUGUACAAAAAGAAAUUGAAUGUGCUGUGAGCGACGAUGACGGCAGUUAACAAGAAAGACCAGCGGCCGUCAAUAUUUGCUGCAGAAAUAAGAUAAAGUUCCGGGAAAGGAAACGGCGUGCAGUGAGACAGCAGAAUAAGACGUGUGUGCCAGUUGAUGUACUAUAAAAGCGCCAGCAUCGACCGCUCGUCAAGAACUCUAACCAUGGCCUCCAAGAUCGUCAUCGUCCUCUGCUUCGCGCUGUUUGUAGCUGCUGUGGCGAAGAGCCUCUACACCGACAAACAGGUGGCUGACCUCAACGGCCGAAUCGCCAAGUGCCUGAGCCACCUGCCAGCCGGGCCCAGCAAUGCCUGCCGCGUCAGUGCGGGGACGACCCCCAUCAAGCAGGGGGCCAAGAGGGAGUCCCGCGUCGAACCGAUCGUCGCGUGCUUGACCAAGGCCGGCAUCUCGCAGGGAGGGCCCCUCCAGGGCGCCAAGCAGUGCCUCACCGAGCAGCUGUGGAGUCCUAUUUAGACAGGUGUGCCAAUUUUGUGCCCAUGUCUGAUUUUUCAGAAAUAAAUGGACUUGUCUGGAUUCAGACUGCUUCGUUUUCAUUUUUAAUUCUUACACGGUGUCUUUAUUGCUUGACUGUGCGUUGGGCAUAUUUAUAAACUCCGAUGCUAAGUAGGCAUGGCAAUUUGGUUC